AAGCUACCCUGUUGCUUUGGCUGUCUCUGUCUGCCAGGGUCUCCGGCUGUCCCAGACGGGCUAGUGUGGGCUUGGGAUCCUCCUGGUGACCUCUCCCGCUAAGGUCCCUCAGCCACUCUGCCCCAAGAUGGGCCGUGGGGCCGGCCGUGAGUACUCACCUGCCGCCACCACAGCAGAGAAUGGGGGCGGCAAGAAGAAACAGAAGGAGAAGGAACUGGAUGAGCUGAAGAAGGAGGUGGCAAUGGAUGACCACAAGCUGUCCUUGGAUGAGCUGGGCCGCAAAUACCAAGUGGACCUGUCCAAGGGCCUCACCAACCAGCGGGCUCAGGACGUUCUGGCUCGAGAUGGGCCCAAUGCCCUAACGCCACCUCCCACAACCCCUGAGUGGGUCAAGUUCUGCCGUCAGCUUUUCGGAGGGUUCUCCAUCCUGCUGUGGAUUGGGGCCAUCCUCUGCUUCCUGGCCUACGGCAUCCAGGCUGCCAUGGAGGAUGAACCAUCCAACGACAAUCUAUAUCUGGGUGUGGUGCUGGCAGCUGUGGUCAUUGUCACUGGCUGCUUCUCCUACUACCAGGAGGCCAAAAGCUCCAAGAUCAUGGAUUCCUUCAAGAACAUGGUACCUCAGCAAGCCCUUGUGAUCCGGGAGGGAGAGAAGAUACAGAUCAAUGCAGAGGAAGUGGUGGUGGGAGACCUGGUGGAGGUGAAGGGCGGAGACCGCGUCCCUGCUGACCUCCGGAUCAUCUCUUCUCAUGGCUGUAAGGUGGAUAACUCAUCCCUAACAGGAGAGUCGGAGCCCCAGACCCGCUCCCCUGAGUUCACCCAUGAGAACCCCCUGGAAACCCGCAAUAUCUGUUUCUUCUCCACCAACUGUGUUGAAGGCACUGCCAGGGGCAUUGUGAUUGCCACAGGCGACCGGACCGUGAUGGGCCGCAUAGCCACUCUCGCCUCAGGCCUAGAGGUUGGGCGGACGCCCAUAGCCAUGGAGAUUGAACACUUCAUCCAGCUGAUCACUGGGGUCGCUGUAUUCCUGGGGGUCUCCUUCUUCGUGCUCUCCCUCAUCCUGGGCUACAGCUGGCUGGAGGCAGUCAUCUUCCUCAUCGGCAUCAUCGUGGCCAAUGUGCCCGAGGGGCUUCUGGCCACUGUCACUGUGUGCCUCACCCUGACAGCCAAGCGCAUGGCGCGGAAGAACUGCCUGGUGAAGAACCUGGAGGCAGUGGAGACGCUGGGCUCCACGUCCACCAUCUGCUCGGACAAGACGGGCACCCUCACCCAGAACCGCAUGACCGUCGCCCACAUGUGGUUCGACAACCAAAUCCAUGAGGCCGACACCACUGAAGAUCAGUCUGGGGCCACUUUUGACAAACGAUCCCCGACUUGGACAGCCCUGUCUCGAAUUGCUGGUCUCUGCAACCGUGCCGUCUUCAAGGCAGGACAGGAGAACAUCUCUGUGUCUAAGCGGGAUACAGCUGGUGACGCCUCCGAGUCAGCUCUGCUCAAGUGCAUCGAGCUGUCCUGUGGCUCAGUGAGGAAGAUGAGAGACAGAAACCCCAAGGUGGCAGAGAUUCCUUUCAACUCGACCAACAAGUACCAGCUGUCCAUCCACGAGCGAGAGGACAGCCCCCAGAGCCACGUGCUAGUGAUGAAGGGGGCCCCAGAGCGCAUCCUGGACCGGUGCUCCACCAUCCUGGUGCAGGGCAAGGAGAUCCCACUCGACAAGGAGAUGCAAGACGCCUUUCAAAAUGCCUACAUGGAGCUGGGGGGACUGGGGGAGCGUGUGCUGGGGUUCUGUCAACUGAAUCUGCCAUCUGGAAAGUUUCCUCGGGGCUUCAAAUUCGACACGGAUGAGCUGAACUUUCCCACGGAGAAGCUUUGCUUUGUGGGGCUCAUGUCUAUGAUUGACCCUCCCCGGGCUGCUGUGCCAGAUGCUGUGGGCAAGUGCCGAAGCGCAGGCAUCAAGGUGAUCAUGGUAACCGGGGAUCACCCUAUCACAGCUAAGGCCAUUGCCAAAGGCGUGGGCAUCAUAUCAGAGGGUAACGAGACCGUGGAGGACAUUGCAGCCCGGCUCAACAUUCCCGUGAGUCAAGUCAACCCCAGAGAAGCCAAGGCGUGCGUAGUGCAUGGCUCUGACCUGAAGGACAUGACAUCGGAGCAGCUCGAUGAGAUUCUCAAGAACCACACGGAGAUUGUCUUUGCUCGGACGUCUCCCCAGCAGAAGCUCAUUAUUGUGGAGGGGUGUCAGAGGCAGGGAGCCAUUGUGGCCGUGACGGGUGAUGGGGUGAACGACUCCCCUGCGCUGAAGAAGGCUGACAUUGGCAUUGCCAUGGGCAUCUCUGGCUCUGACGUCUCUAAGCAGGCAGCCGACAUGAUCCUGCUGGACGACAACUUUGCCUCCAUCGUUACGGGGGUGGAGGAGGGCCGCCUGAUCUUUGACAACUUGAAGAAAUCCAUCGCCUACACCCUGACCAGCAACAUCCCGGAGAUCACCCCCUUCCUGCUGUUCAUCAUUGCCAACAUCCCCCUGCCUCUGGGCACUGUGACCAUCCUCUGCAUUGACCUGGGCACGGAUAUGGUUCCUGCCAUCUCCUUGGCCUAUGAGGCAGCUGAGAGUGACAUCAUGAAGCGGCAGCCGCGAAACUCCCAGACAGACAAGCUGGUGAAUGAGAGGCUCAUCAGUAUGGCCUAUGGACAGAUCGGGAUGAUCCAGGCACUGGGUGGCUUCUUCACCUACUUUGUGAUCCUGGCAGAGAACGGUUUCCUGCCAUCACGGCUACUGGGAAUCCGCCUCGACUGGGAUGACCGGACCAUGAACGAUCUGGAGGACAGCUAUGGACAGGAGUGGACCUAUGAGCAGCGGAAGGUGGUGGAGUUCACGUGCCACACGGCAUUCUUUGCCAGCAUCGUGGUGGUGCAGUGGGCUGACCUCAUCAUCUGCAAGACCCGCCGCAACUCAGUCUUCCAGCAGGGCAUGAAGAACAAGAUCCUGAUUUUUGGGCUCCUGGAGGAGACGGCGUUGGCUGCCUUUCUCUCUUACUGCCCAGGCAUGGGUGUAGCCCUCCGCAUGUACCCGCUCAAAGUCACCUGGUGGUUCUGCGCCUUCCCCUAUAGCCUGCUCAUCUUCAUCUAUGACGAGGUCCGAAAGCUUAUCCUGCGGCGGUAUCCUGGUGGCUGGGUGGAGAAGGAGACAUACUACUGACCCCAUUGGAAGAAGAACCAGGCACAGAAAGAUGGGGAGCUCUGGAGAAUACCCCACCGGCAGAACAAACUCAGAUCUCAUCAGGGUAGCAGCAAAGGCAGGACCAGAAGGCAAUCAAGAGCUUCCAGCAACGCCACACCACAGAAUUCCCUGCUGACCCUUGGUUAGGGGUCCUCUUGGUCCACAAGGCCCAGAUGUCACUCAUGUACUUAAUAACACCUCACCUUCUGUAAUACUAAGACCUCAGAGCUCCAUGCUGUUCUGAGAGGGAUGGCCACAAGUUUUUUCCCAACCCCUUCCAUUCCCUUUCUCUUCAUGCCCAUCCCGACGAACCUGCAUCAUUCCCUGGCACUGCCAAGGCAACCCUAGAAAAGGAGUUCCCUGGCCAUUGGCUAGAAUCAGGGUGGAGAAGUUCCCAGAACCUUCCUGUCUCCCAGGGCAGGGACAUGUAUGCUUCCAGGGACAAGCUUAGGUCAUGAACAUGAUCAGAACCUUUGGACAAGAGGAAAAAUAUUACAAGAUUUGCUUUUGCCAGGCGUGGUGGCUCACGCCUGUAAUCCCAGCACUUUGGGAGGCUGAGGCAGGUGGAUCAUGAGGUCAAGAGUUCGAGGCCAGCCUGGCCAACAUAAUGAAACCCUGUCUCUACUAAAAAUACAAAAAAAUUAGCCAGGCAUGGUGGCGCACGCCUAUAAUCCCAGCUACUCAGGAGGCUGAGGCAGGAGAAUUGCUUGAACCUGGGAGGCGGAGGUUGUAGUGAGCUGAGAUCGUGCCAUUGCACUCUAGCCUGGGUGAAAGGGCAAGACUCCAUCUCAAAAAAAAAAUUUUUUUUUGCUUUUGAUGUCUUAGGUGGCAGGGCUAUUCCCUCCAGGCAAAUGCCCUUCACACCGACGAUCAUUGUGCCCACUUUUCCUGGGCUGGAGAGUUGGUUUCAGUUUCCUACAGGAGAUACCUUUCUUUCCCUUACUCCCUGUCUAACAUUUGUGCUCUGCAGGCAGCUUUGCCCAUUCUCUAAGCCUGGCUUAGAAGGCACUGGGAAUGUCCUGUAGAGAGAGACCUAGAUAAGUCAUGCAAGUGAGAGAGACAUCUGAGGAAAAUAGAAGACCUAAGGCAGACAGGAAGGAAGCACAAAAGACAAGCACUGGGUCAGACCCAUAAACCACCUCCCAAAUGCUGUCAUUUCAUUGUACUGGAAUUUAGCUUUAUCAGAAGCACCUGGAAGUAAGGGAGUCAUUGCCUUGGACCUGGGAAUCUAAGUGGGAGACCAUAUUAAUUUGGGUCCGAUUAAUUGGAGAUUACUAACUAUGGACAAAAGUUUAUCUUUGCACAAUCAAAAAUGGCAUUUGUUUAGUAAAUUAAGAGUAUAAACAAUAUUGCUAGAGGUGGCAUGUUUAGUCUACCGAAAACAAUACUUUUCAGGCACUUAAGAAAUAUCCUUUUAGAAGCAGCAAGUGCAUGGGCUAAUUAUCAUCAAUCUUUAUGUAUUUGUUAAAGAAACAUCUACAGGAUCUUUAUUGGUGACCUUUUGUAAGACAUUAGUUUGAGGUACUACCUAUGUACUUGAAAAUAAUAAAGUUGCAUUUCUUUAUGAAAAAAA